AUGGAGAAGCAGGAACCCAAUUAUGCCUUACGACCAAGAAGGUCGACAACUAAAGGGAAAUAUCGUGAAAUGCUCGGCAUCAACCAUUAUCAAGAAAACGGCACUGAUAGCUGCGUGGAAACAAUGGAUAACGAAUUGCCGACUGAUGGUGCGAACAAGGGAUGCAAAAUAUUCCUUCUACCACUAGUGGUUUCAGGUGAAAGUGAUAUUCUCGCAGACAACACGAUUGAGAUUGAAAUAUCUGAAGAUGUUUGUGUGUCAGACCUACCUGAGGCAGUUUAUGUGAAUGAUGACGAACUUAAAGAAACACAGUUAGAAAUAAGAACACCGGAAAACCCACUAAGGCACAUUGAAGAAAUCCUGAAGAAGAAUGACCAACUAAUUGAAAGUAUUCCUGAACCACCUAGUUUUAAAAAGCGUGGGAAAAGCCUCAAAGACGAAAAAAAUACUGAGACUUGUGAAUCUUCCAGGAGCAGUACUACCACAAAGAAAAGGGUGGAUGUCUUCUUGGAAUCGGAGACAAAUGUAAAUGAUGUACACAAUAAUGAAGUCAAAACUGAUCCCUUAAUUUACCAAGACCACCCAAAGAGUCAUUUAAAGAGUGGAAAUUCAAAGAAACAAGUAUCAGAGAAAAGUGAUUCAGGUGAGGAUGCUGAAGAGGGGAAAGAAACUUCGGGUGAGCCAUUUGUUUGCGAUAUUUGUGGUAAGACUUUGAAGCAUCAAAAGUCGCUUUACUCCCACCGGCGGACACACACAGACGCCAAAGCAGUGUGCCACAUUUGCGGAGCGACUCUCAAAAGCUCUCGCUACCUUCACCAUCACCUACUGCUCCAUAAAGAUGUAGAAAAACCCCAUAAAUGUGACAAAUGUGGCAAAAGUUUUUUUUCAAGCAGUGCCCUCAAAGUUCACCACUAUUACAAUCAUGAAGAACAUCCUGGCCGCUUCCAGUGCACCGUAUGUGGAAAAAAUUUUAAAGCUAAGCAAGGAUUACAGUUUCAUAUGGAUUCUCAUUCCAACGAGUUGCGGUAUGAGUGCUCAUACUGUCACAAGCGCUUCAGAGGAUUCAAGACCUGUCGAGUCCACGAACUGCGUCAUCGAGAAGCCAACGAACCCAACAAAUUUAAUUGUAAAAUUUGCGGAAAACUGUUCAAAACUCGGCAAACAUUAAAAAACCACGAAGACGUCCAUGCAUCCUUCAACAGAUACCAGUGUUCUCUCUGCGAGAAACGUUUCAAAUUACGCAAAUCCUGCUUGGCCCAUAUCCGGGUUCACCAUACAGACCAUGAUCGCACGGAAACUCAGCAAUCCAUUGUCGCCGACGAGGGAGAGAUGGCCAUUGAGUCCUUGCUAGCCGAUGGAGAGGAAUACGUAGUAACGCUUGAAGAAAGUACCGAAGGAGAAGUGCUCUUGGAAGACGGUCAAGAAGAGACUUUGGAAAUUAUUGUUCCAGAAGCUGAUGUAGAAUGUGAAGUUGCAAAUGUUUCAUAAACAGUCUAAAAGGUCAAACUUAAAUCUGGCACUUCCCCAAAGGUAAAAUAAACCAAUUUAAGAUGCGUUUCCAAAUAAAUGUAUUUUUUU